AUGCAUGGGCGCAGCACACUUUCAUCUUUGCGUCAUAAGCCACUUCCCCCAUCAAACCGCUUACAUCAAAGCCACUUCCCCAUCAAGCAUCUCCAUCAAAAGCAGCCCCCAUCAAAAGCCACUUCCCCAUCAAGCCAUACUAUCAAAGCCACUUUACAUCAAGCCACUUCUCCAUCAAGCCACUUCUCCAUCAAUUACUUCCCCAUCAAAGCCUUCCCAUCAAAGCCCUUCCCCAUCAAAACCGCUUCCAUCAAAACCCUUUCCCCCCAUCAUCCACUUCCCCAUCAAAGCCCUUCCCCCAUCAAUGCUCCCAUCAAAGCUUCCUUCCCCCACCAAAGCCACUCCCACCAAGCCACUCUCCUGAAAGUCCACUCCCCCACCAAGCCAACUCCUCCCCACCAAAGCCGCUCUCCCACAAAGGCCACUUCCCACCAAAACCACUCCUCAAAUAAACUCUCCAUCAAACCCUUCUCCACCAAAAUCCACUCCCACCAAAACCACUUCUCCACAAAGCCACUCCUGGUGGCUCUCCCAUCAAAGCCACUCUCCUGGUCCGCCACCAUCCACUUCUCACAAAGCCCUCCCACCAAAAGCCGCUCUCCCAUCAAGCCACUUCUCCCACCAAAGUCACUCCCCACCAACCACUUCCCACAAAGCCAUCCCACCCAGCUGCUCUCCCAUCAGCCACUUCUCCACCAAAGUCACUCUACAAACCACUUCUCCCCACAAAGCCACUUUCUCAUCAAUACUCUCCUGAGUCCUCCCCACCAGCCCUUCUCCCACCAAAGCCACUCCCACCAAAGCCGCUCUCCCAUCAAAGCCACUCUCCACCAGUCCUCCCACAAGCCACUUCUCCCACCAAAGUCACUCCCCACCAAAGCCACUUCUCCCACCAAAGCCACUCCCCACCAAAGCCACUUCCCCCACCACUGA